AUGGUCACAUUCAGAUUAUUAUUGGCUAUCUCUACCAUCAAACGAUGGCCUAUGCUUCAACUUUAUAUAAAUAAUGCAUUCCUCAAUGGCGAUUUACAUGAGGAAGUGUACAUGACUCUUCCUAAAGGUCUUAUUGUUCCUUCUUCUACAUGUGCAGGACCUCUUGUUUGCAAAUUGCACAAGUCCAUCUACGGCCUCAAGCAAUCCUCGCGCCAAUGGUACAGAAAAUUGUCAGAUGCUCUCAUUGCCGAAGGCUUCACCCAAUCUCAAACUGAUUAUACACUCUUCACUCGUGGCCACGAUCAACAUUUCAUCGCCCUUUUGGUCUAUGUUGAUGAUAUUAUCAUCACUAGCCCAAAUAUUCAAAAUCUCCAACACCUUCAAGCCUCACUUCACAAACAAUUCAGGCUGAAAGCUCUUGGUACAUUGAAAUACUUUCUCAGCUUCGAAAUUGCCCGUUCCACAACUGGUUUGUUUCUAUCACAGCGACAGUACACUCUACAACUUCUUGAAGGUACUGGAUACCUUGGAAGUAAGCCAUCUUGCACACCAAUGGAGCCAAGAUUAAAACUCUCUGCUGAAACCGGUGAGCUUCUUACCGAUCCUACACAAUAUCGGAGACUCAUUGGUAGGCUUCUCUAUUUGACUCUAUCAAGGCCGGAUAUCACAUACUCCGUUCAUUGUCUAAGUCAAUUUAUGUUAGCCCCCCGAACUCCUCAUCUUCAAGCUAUUCAUCACCUCCUUCAGUAUCUCAAAGGAACUCCUGGCCAAGGACUUCUUUACUCACCUACUUCUUCUCUCCAUCUUCGUGGGUUCUCCGAUUCGGACUGGGCUUCCUAUCCCAAUACCAGACGUUCUACUACUGGUUUUUGCAUCUUUAUUAGUGAUUCCUUAGUUUCUUGGCGCACUAAGAAACAACCAACUAUCUCUCAAAGUUCGGCUGAAGCAGAGUAUCGGGCUCUUGCAGCCACGGCCAGUGAAAUAACAUGGCUUCAAUACUUACUUCGUGACCUUCAUGUUCUUAAUAAUACCCUGACUUUCAUCUACUGUGACAACUCCUCUGCUAUUCACAUCACUAACAACCCCACAUUUCAUGAGCGAACCAAACACAUCGAGCUCGACUGCCAUUUUAUUAGAGACAAAAUCAGAGAUUCUUCGAUUCGUCUCAUUCCUAUUAGUAGUCACUUACAGCUGGCAGAUGCAUUCACUAAGGCUCUUCCUUCCACAGCUCUAAAUUCUCACAUAAGCAAGAUGACUGUACAUAAUAUAUACAGUCCAUCUUAA